AUGACUGUAGGGACUACGGUUGUUCCUCUGCUCAUCAAUGGUGAACAGAUCACCAGCUCUGGGAAUCCAAACUUGGAGUUUACUGUCAGCAACCCAUUCAAGCCGGACCAGGUUUUAUACUCCGCAAGAGGAGCCACCCCGGAAGAAGCAAAUGUUGCGGUAGAGACGACUCAAAAAGGCUUUUUUGAGUGGAAAGAAGUCUCGUACACAGAGAAAAGAGAAAUUUUCAAUAGAGCUGCUAUCUUACUAUCUGAAAAGAAGUCGUUUUUUGUUCAAAUUCUCAAAGAAAUGGCAAUCUCUGAGUGGUUCGCCAAUGUUAACGUUGAAGCAAGUAUUGACAUGCUUAAAGAGGCAGCUAGCUUGACCUCUGUAUCGCCCGGUACUCUGGCUCAGAGUUCCUCCCCAGAUCUGUCAAUUGUCGUGAAUGAGCCAAUAGGACCGGUUCUGAGUAUUGUCCCAUGGAACUCACCAAUGGUGCUCUGUGUUAGAGCUCUGGUUUGGCCACUGGCAGCAGGAUGUAGUGUUCUCUUGAAAACUUCUGAGCUAUCGCCCUUGGUUCACUACGAAUUGGCCAAGGUCAUGCAGGAUGCUGGUGUUCCUGCUGCGGCUAUGAACUCCAUCAAUAUAUCCUCACAGGAUGCUCCCUCUAUCAUCAAGCAAAUGAUAGAGCAUAAAGGAAUCAGAAAAGUCAAUUUUACUGGCUCAACAGGAGUUGGUAGGGUCAUAGCACAGAUCGCGUCCGGUGUACUGAAGCCAGUACUUCUGGAGCUUGGUGGUAAGUGCGCUUCGAUUGUUACUGAAAGUGCCGAUUUAAAGAAGGCAGCAUUCGGUGUUGUCACUGCUGCAUUUGCGAACAAUGGGCAGAUAUGCAUGAGCACUGAGCGUGUGUUUGUGGUACAAUCGGUCUAUGAUGAAUUUAUCAAAGAAGUCGCUGCAGCUGCCGAUGUUGUCACCAAAGAGGUACAUCUUCCUCAGAGAACCAGGAGGUUUGCUGAAGCGAUUGAGGGAAUACUUUCAAGUGCCAGCGAAGACAAGGCUGAAGUCAUAUAUGGUUCUAUUCAUCGAGAGGAUGCGUUCGUUAAGCCUGUCAUUUUGGGUAAUGUACAUGAAAAGCAUACUCUGUACGAUGUGGAAACCUUCGGUCCAACCUGCUAUAUUAACAGUGUUUCAACAGUUGAAGAUGCAGUCAACAAAGUGAACUCCAGUAAUUACGGUUUAUCGUGCGGUCUUUGGUGUUCUGACAUCAUGAAAGCUGUCGAAUUGGCCCGACUUCUGGACACAGGUGCUGUUCACAUCAAUGGUAUGACCAUUCAUGACGAGCCAGUUCUUCCUCAUGGAGGAGUUAAAUCAAGUGGUUUCGGUCGUUUCAAUGGUGUUUGGGGAAUCAGAGAAUUCCAGUAUCCAAAAACUAUAACGAUUUCCCCGAAAUAA